AUGGAGAAAGCAACAAGCCCAGAACAGCAAACGAGCACCGCCACCGCUGCUGAAGCAGGCGAGCCACCUGUGCCAAACGGCAACAAAGAUCGAAGGCUCAGUGAUGAAUGGGAUGCUGCCAAAGUGCCCCCCAGUCGCUUUCAGAAGCGCAAAGGAUCAAUAUAUGCCACACCUGGCUCUCGCGAUGGCCACGUCGAUAAGAACUAUGCUGAAAAGUAUCAUGCUAAGAUUGCCGAGAUGAAAGGUGGCAAAUAA